AUGAAUAAACAUCACUAUAUUCCCUGGUCGUCUGCUCACCCCCUUACGGUGAAACGUGCUUUCGUUAAAGCAGAAAUGACUCGCUUCAUGGUUCUCUCGUCUUCAAGGCGGCUGUUCGAGGAACGGCUUCAAGAGUUCCAUCAAGCAUUGCGACGGCGUGGAUACCCG